AUGGCUUUCCAGAGGAGGAAGUUCCCUCUCGUCAGCUUCUCCUGUGGUGGCGAUCCGAGAAAGGUGUUGGUGGUUGUGGAUGAGGAGGCAAAGGUGGAGGCGGAGGAGGUGGUGGUGAUCGCGCCCAUGGUGCUGGGUGACAUGGAGGCGGAGAUCAUAGUGGGCGGAAAAGGUGCUGAUCUUGGGCAGACAUCAAUCAUCUGGGAAGCUUACGAGAAUCCAGAGACCAAAAACAGUUUUCCGUGCCGAGCAUGGGUGAGGUUCAUGCAUCCUUUCAGUCCAGAAGACUUCAUUCAAAGUUUAGUGGAGCAGUUUCACACAUCUGUAGGGGUUGACCUUCUGCUGGAAGCGAAAAAGAUGGGGCAAGAGUUAGCUGAGGAAUUCAAUGGAUAUGUCAAUGCCAAGAAGUUCCUGAUUGUGCUUAAUGACUUAUCAACCAUUGAAGAGUGGAAUCGGGUUAAGAGGUGCUUCCCGAACAAUAAGAAAGGGAGCCUGAUAAUAGUGUCCACAAGGCAAGUUGAAGUUGCAAGCUUAUGUGCAGGACAAGAAAGCAUAGUAUCUGAGCUCAAGCAAUCGUCUAUUGAUCAGAACAUUUAUGCUUUCUAUGAGAAGGUAACUUCAAAGUUCUACCGCUUGUGCUCUUCUAAUGGAACAGAUUUAAUGAUGGUUGCCGGGCCUAGCUCAAAAAGUGCAGUCACCAAUGGUACAGACCAAUCUCAGGGUGCUGAUUGGAAUCAUGCGAUGAGAAAGAGCUUCAGUUGCGCCAUGUCCAUGACAACUGCUCUAGAGGAAUCACAUCUUGUUGGUCGAGACAAAGAAAUGAAAAAGAUCAAUGAGUUCGUCGUAUUUAAGGAGACUGUAUAUCUGGAUGAAGAGCAUCCUGAACUGAUUGAACAAGCAGAACUGAUCCUUAAGAAGUGCAGUGGACUUCCUCUUGCAAUAGUCACUAUAGGUGGGUUCUUGGCAAACCAACCAAAAACAGAGGUGGAGUGGAGGAGAUUGAAUGAGCAUAUUAGUGCUGAGUUGGAGAUAAACCCAAAGCUUGGGACCAUAUUAGCUGUGCUUACUAAAAGUUAUGAUGGUUUACCUUAUCACCUGAAAUCUUGUUUCUUGUAUCUCCCCAUCUUUCCCGAAGACUACAAGGUUAGUCGGCGGCGUUUGGUGCGGAGGUGGACGGCAGAGGGUUACUCAUGGGAGGUGCGUGGUAAGUCUGCAGAGGGAAUAGCGGAUAAUUACUUCAUGGAACUUAUAAGUCGGAGCAUGAUCUUGCCAUACCAACAAUCAAUUCGCAGUAGAAAAGGAAUUGACGCUUGCCAUGUCUAUGAUCUCAUCCGUGAAAUUGGCAUCUCCAAGUCAAUGGAAGAAAAUCUAGUGUUUAGGCUGGAAGAAGGUUGUAGCCUAAACACCCAGCACGUUGUGCGUCACCUUGCAAUAAGUAGCAAUUGGGAGGGAAAUCAGAGUGAUCUGGAUAGCAUAAUAGAUAUGUCUCGUGUACGAUCAAUAACAGUUUUUGGAAAGUGGAAGUCACUUUACAUUUCUGAUAAGAUAAGGCUGCUCCGAGUGCUGGACUUGGAAGGCACCUCAGGUGUAUUUGAUCAUCACCUUGAGGAUAUUGUCAAGCUUAUUCACCUAAAAUACCUUUCUUUAAGAGGAUGUACUCCUAUUUGUCACCUGCCAGAUUCUCUAGGCAACCUAAAACAACUUGAGACACUAGACUUGAGAGGUACACAGAUAGUCAAGCUGCCACAUAGCAUCAGAAAACUUCGGAAGCUAAACUAUCUCCGUGCUGGUAAGGAACCCAUGGACGAGGACAUCUCGUAUGAACAAGUUGUAGAAGACUUGCCAACGGUGAUGAGGAACGGUGCAUGCCUUUUGACUGUCUCGUCGAUGGUACUUUGUGCACGUUGUUUUGCAGGUUCAGAUUUUAAUGGUUAUAACCACCGUGACUUGUGCAGUGCCUUCUGUUGUGUGGCACUCCCUGUUGUUGCGAUGAAGCUGGACGCACAUGGUGUGGUGGUGCCAAGAGGGGUGAGAAAACUGAAAGCCCUACACACACUAAGUGUUGUGAACAUCUCACGGGGGAGGAUCAUUCUUCAGAACAUAAGAAGACUCAGUGGGCUGCGGAAGCUAGGAGUGACUGGCAUCAACAAGAGAAACAGUCUGGAGUUACGAUCAACGGUUUCUCAACUCAGUCGCCUGGAAUCCUUGUCGAUGCGCUCAGAAGGGAUGCCUGGAUUAUCUGGCUGCUUGGAUGACAUGCCCACUCCUCCAGAAAACCUGCAGAGCCUUAAACUGUAUGGCAAUCUGGUCAUAUUGCCUGCAUGGAUCCAGACACUCAGAAAUCUUGUGAAGCUGAAGCUACGCAACUCUAGGAUAUCGGACCACGGUGUUGCCAUACAAGUCCUCGGGGAGCUGCCGAUGCUAGCCAUCCUGUGUCUAUGGACGAAGUCGUUCGUAGGAGAGGUCCAUUUCAGUUUCGGCCAACGGGCAUUUCCGAGCCUGGUGGUGCUGCACCUGGAUCACCUAGAUGACCUCAAAUCGCUGGAUUUUUCACUGGGAGGGACACCUAAGCUUGAGGUACUGCAGCUUUCCGAGACCUACAUCCAGGGUUCUAACGGGCUUGAACACCUCCCAACGCUCAAGGAAGUUGUGCUCAAGGGGGACUACCCGUCCGUCGAGAAACUGCGUGCCGACCUUGCCAAGUUCCCAAAUGGACCCGUUGUCAAGUUGAACUGA